AAGUCACUCUCGCGAAUCUCUCUAUUGUACGCGCGACUUCCGGCUCCGACCGGACUUCCGGUAUAAAGAGCGCUGCUGGAAAGCGUCAUCUCGGCGCAAUUUUUUUUUUCUUUCUUCCUAUCGGUCGUGUAUCCGCGGCAUCCUCGGUGCAGCCAUGACGGUGGGGAAGAGCAGCAAAAUGCUGCAGCACAUUGACUUCAGGAUGCGCUGCAUUCUGCAGGACGGUCGCAUCUUCAUAGGAACCUUCAAAGCUUUCGACAAACACAUGAACCUCAUUCUCUGCGACUGCGAUGAGUUCAGGAAGAUCAAACCCAAGAAUUCCAAACAGCCAGAACGUGAAGAGAAGAGGGUGCUGGGUCUGGUUUUACUCCGGGGAGAGAACCUGGUGUCCAUGACUGUUGAGGGUCCACCUCCAAAAGAUACCGGUAUUGCACGGGUACCAUUGGCCGGAGCAGCUGGCGGUCCAGGAGUCGGCCGUGCAGCAGGCAGAGGCGUUCCUGCCGGUUCCCCUAUGCCACAAGCACCUGCUGGUUUAGCCGGACCAGUGAGAGGUGUUGGAGGUCCAUCUCAACAGGUAAUGACUCCUCAGAGUCGCGGAAAUGUCGCUGCUGCAGCCGCCGCCGCCACAGCUAGCAUUGCUGGUGCCCCCACACAAUAUGUUGCAGCAGGCCGUGGAGGCCCACCACCCCCAAUGGGCAGGGGAGCGCCACCACCAGGUAUGAUGGGACCUCCUCCAGGUAUGAGACCACCUAUGGGUCCACCAAUGGGAAUGCCCCCAGGUAGGGGAGGCCCUAUGGGAAUGCCACCACCGGGUAUGAGGCCGCCACCUCCGGGUAUGCGAGGUCCCCCUCCUCCAGGCAUGAGGCCGACCAGGCCCUGAUCACUGCUGCUUCCUUCCAUACCUCCUUGACUGCUUGUGCUCAUCACGGGACUGUUCUGGUUAAAUGUUUUGUAACUUUUUAUUUUCUAUGUAAAUUGAGUUUUUAAUAAAGAAGUAAAACUUCA